AACAGGAAAUGGCUUCAUUUCUUGAAGACAGCAUGUUUGGUUGAAGACAGGUAUCAUCAGUACAAUCCAACAAGAGACACAGCUAAAGAUGUCUCUCACGCCCGACCAUAAACGACAUCCCUGCGCCUUCAUAUUCCUCUUCACUGUGGAUACGCUGUUGAAGCAGGUAAGAGGAGACGGAAACUCGUCCAGUGAUGAACCAGCCUCAGAAGUGAAAUACGCACUGAUAGGAGCUGGGAUCGGACUGAUCUUCGCAGCGUGCUUCAUCGCAGUGAAGGUCUGCAUGAUUAAACGUCACAUGCUCGACAAUGAGCCAUCGGAGGACUCAUUCAGAAGACCAUCUCUACAGUACAGAGUCACUGAAAUGGACAGCAGGAUCUCCUGAUAGAUGCAGAAC